UUUCCCCGAGACUUGUUUUUGUGGCCGGAAGUUUCCUGGAGCCAAAUGGCUCCUACCUGCCUGCCCUGCUGGGUCUGCAGCUUCCUCUGCGUCUGGUCAGUGGUGAUGGGACACCCCUGCAGCCUUGACCACCAGGUAGGGGGGCCGUGAGGGCUGUGGUGUGGGCAGGGCUGGGGUGGGCAGGGGCCCCGCUCCUGGUCCUGCCAGCACGGCUGGGGUGCCCAGGGCAGCUGGGCCUGGCAGGCAACUCCUGCUCUGCACUGCUCAAGAGAAAAUGAGCAAUUAAAACCCAUGGGAGUUAAUUGGGAGAUGUACUGUGCCAGUGGUCACCAGCCACAGGGGUGGUUCGCCCAUGUCCAAAGCCUGGCUGUCCUGCUCCCAGCCUUGGGCUGAACAUGUCAUGUUGUCCAGCCUGUUCACCAGAGCAUGGCCUGGCAAAGCACUGUCUGAUCCAUCGCGUUUCUGACUGUGGGGGUCUCGGCUGCAGGUGUAACACAGCUGCCCAUAAGGAGUGCAUAGCAAGCUGCAUGAGACACAUCCCUGAGGAGAUCCCAACCCCUCACUCCCCUCCCCAGUGCAUGGUGAUGCCGUGACUAAAGCCAGGGUGAUGGCAAGCAUGGGGCCAGGAUCCCUGAGCACCCAGCACAGAGCAGGAAACACAACAAAGCCACUGGGAUAAGCACUGCAGCCAGCAGUUUGGCUGAUCAGGCAGGAGCUGAGAGAAUGAAGGAAAGUGGCUGUCAUGGGUCACUGACCUUUCCAUUGAGCUCUCAGUUAUUCCACCCAAAGCUUCGCACUGUUUUCCAAAGCCUCCCUGAGCCCAGCUGUGUUUGAGCUGAAAACAGGACCCAUGUGGUACCCCCACGGCCCAAUUAUAACCCAGUCCUCAGCACUUCAGGUUUCUAAGGGCAUAUCUGUUCCUCUACCAAGCACGAACAGCAGGGUCUGAUAGGAGAUUUAUGUGGACAGGAGGAUGAAAGGAGAGGUGAAAGAAAUGGAAAGCCCAGCUGGCUGGAAUGUAGCCAAACACAGAAAACCCAGGACUAUGGAACACAGUAAAUUUAAAGCACAGCAUCUCUGCUUGCAAGGUCCAAGCACAGCACUUAGCAGGAGCUUGUGCCUGCCCAACCAAACUUAAAUUGCUGACCUGCUGUCUAGUAGCUUCAGUUUGGACAUUUGACCCCCUCCCACUGAAAGCCAAGGCAAGAGCAACCCAUGCAGGGGACUGCUCCCCAAAACUAUCUGAGUUGGGGCACCCUAUUUACUAGUAAAAAAAAAAAAAAAAUCCAUCCUUGUGGGUUGACUGAUCGUUCCAUCCUGCUCUGCUGGUCUUUUGGGACAGUGAAUGGUCCUUGAUCUGCUUUGUUUCCUGAUGCUGACACAGCCAGCCAGCAGUAAGCCACAGCUACUCACCAUGUAUCCUCAGGAACGUGGCAUAGAUUGAUGCAUUGGUGCACUAUCAUGCACAUCCCCAGGGAGCUGCUCCUGGCACGAGUGACUGGUACAGGUGCCUGUAGCUCUGCAGCCUGGUCAGCUUCCUGCCUGCCCUUGCAACAGGCAAGGCUCGCCUGCUUCCCUGCUCCAGCUGGGAGGAUGCCCCAGUGUCACACCAGAGCUCCCCAGGGGCUGGAGGUGGGGAUCCAGGGGAGGAAGAGGAAGGCCCUCUGCAAACUGACCCUGUAUGACAGCUGCCCUGUACGGAAGGACGGAGGGUGACAACCUGCUGCCUUUGUACUCACCCUUUUGGGUAUUUCCCCCAGCCCAGCAUGCUCGUCCUUUACUGUUUCAGUCAGCUGCUCUCAGUCCUGGUCUGUCCUGCUCAUCUUUCUCCAUUUAUCCAGGCCCACUCCCAUCUGGCAGCUCGUGUGUUUUUUUAAACAUGUGUGUUUUUGCUUUUUUAAAACUCUGCAAGGGUAAUUAAGACAUUUGAACUCUUGGGAAGUCUCUCUCAUGACUGCCCAUUGUGGAUAGCCCAUCUCAGACAGUAGCUCUUUUCCCAGGGAUGGGCUGACUGCAGUGGGAAGAGCCUUCAGCAUGCUCCAAGUUCCCUUCCAAAAAACAUCACCGGUUUGGACCUCUCCUUCAACUCCUUGGUCAUGCCUCAUCACAGCACUCUCCUGAAGCAUUUCCCUUCCCUGCACUCUCUCAACCUCUCCAGCAAUGCCAAGCUCACACUGAGCCCAGCAGUCUUCUCCAACCUCGCAGCGCUGCGUCUCCUGGACCUGAGCAGCUGUGGCAUCACCUACAUCCACACGGACACUUUCAAAGGCCUGGGAAACUUGCACACACUGCUUCUAAGAAACAACAGCUUGCAAGAGCUUGAUGUCUCUUUCCUUUUGCCACUGAGGGCUCUUCUCCAUCUGGACCUGCGUCACAACGCGCUGGUCUCUGUGGACACUUGGAGCCUGCAGCUGAUGGAGUCAGUCCCACGGGUCCGUCUGGAAGGGAACCCCUGGGUGUGCAACUGCAGCGUGCACCCUCUGCAGCAGUGGCUGCAGCGCAGGCCAGAUGUGCAGGUGACCUGCGUGUUGCCCCCGGGGCUGAGGGGCCAGGAGAUUGCAGCUCUGGAUUCUCAGGACCUGGGCUGCCAGAUGAAGCAGCGGUUUGCUCGUGAGCUCAGCACAGUACAGCAGAUCACAGUGACUGAGAACAACACCAUUGCACUGCCUGCUGGGAAGGGGGGAAGGAGCUGGCCAUUCCUGGUGGGAUUCAUUGUGACAGCAAUUGGCAUCUCCAUCCUGAUUGCACUGGUUGCCAAGUGCAAACUUGUCCGCAAGAACUUCGCCAGCUACCGCCACCGGCCGCUGCCUGAAAUCAGCUCCAUCGGAGGCAGCCCCAUGGAGGAUACCAGCAGCUGGGACAGGGCCUCCAUACCUGAUGCUGCUGACCUGCAAGCUGAGGAUGAUGAUGGCUUCAUCGAGGACAACUACAUCCAGCCCGAUGAGCAGCUGCCAACAAAAGAGGAGCAGGAGUUGCAUCGCUCCAUCUGAGCUAAUAGCUUACAACUCAGCCACCACUGCUGUGGCCUCUUGCUGUCUCCCUAGCUCCACUCCUUUCCCACCUGCCUUUGAUUUUGGGCCAUACAUAUUUGGGGCAGGAGGAAAGGAGCAGAGAGCAAAGGAGACAGGGAUGGGCUAGGAAUGGUGUUGGAAGCUGAAGGCAGCCGGUCCCAGAGUAUCCCAGCAUAACACUAGGCUGCACUGUCACAGGGACACCAAACCAGCUGCUGCUUUCCCAGCCUUACCUGGAUGCUGAGGAUGAAGGAGGUGGUGCCUGUUGUGCCCAGGAAGCUGGGUGCAGUGGGGAGAGGAGCCUGCCCUGGUGCUGCCACAGGGUCUUGGGCACUGGCCCCACUGCCCCAUGGUGCCAGUCCCAGCCCUGCUCAAUGUGUUGUCACUCUGAGGUGUGAUUAAAGCAUGAUUUAGCCCUGCCACUGCCUGCACUGGUUUGUUGGGACUCUCCCAGUGGCAGUGCUGGGAGGAGACCCCCAGCCCCACAGCUGGCAUGUGGCUUUUUUUGCAUGUGCUUUCAAGGACCGGGACAACAUUCCUCUAACUGUGGCAAUGAGAGAUCACAUCUGUGGCACAAUGAGUGCUCUUGUCCAAAGGAAUAUUUCACCUUCUGUGGUGCAGACAGCCUUGGUGCGUCAUCACAGGGAUUCUGUGCAUGUCUCUCCAGCCAUGGCUCUUCUUCCUUUUCUCUCUUUUCUCUCCAGAAAGACAAGCUAAAAGACACCUUUCCCUGUCAGCUCUGCAGAGCUGAGCAAACUCAUCAGUGCUGCCACUUGCAGUGCCAGGCACACACACUGGGGCGAGAUGACCCUCUCUCCCAGCACUCGUUACAGAGUUCCACACGUCUCUUUAACUGUGGAGUUGUAUGAAUGUGAUCAUUUUUACAUUCCUGUCAUCUUUGUGGUACAAUGAACAGUACAUGAGACAUGGGUAACUGCAAGUUAUUUCUGCUGGAGUUGGUCGUGCCUUCAUGGGUUACACUGGAGUUAAAAGCAGAGAGCAGCUGUGGCAUUCACCUUUGGUAAGUGAUUCAUAAGGCUGGUACCAACCGGUUGGGAAGAUUUCCCAGGGCACAGCCCAGUCAUUACUGUCCCUGAUAGCUCAGGAGUCUCUUCGUCAUGCUCCAGAGCAUGAGGAAUCAACACAGGACAGCGUUUCUCAAAGCUCUGCCACACAGCUAAUUCCCCCACUUCCUUCAAAUCUCCAUUUUACUGCUAACUGCCUUUCUAUUUCUCCACUCAUUAAAACAAAAGUGUAUAAAAAACAUAAAUAAUACACCUCAGAGAACAUCACCCAAAGGGGACAAAUGGGUCAGGCAUUGGAUGGGUGAUAUAAGCCAGAGAGUAAAUGUGCAACUUGAAGCCAUGAGCAGGAGGAAAAACUGCUGGCUUGUUUCAGUAGUCAGCCUGCUUUUGCUCUUAAAUGCCAUAUUUCUAAAGUGAGCUUUAUCUUUUCAGUUACUGUCUCAUUAUUUGUCUUCUGGGCUCAACAGCUACCCAUGAAAAUACACUAUAUACUGUAUUUUUUGGGAAUUUCUAAUCUCUUUUGGGUAAGAGAUUUAAAUCUGAGGACUGCGAAAAAGCAUUUCAGUUACCUUUUGGAGGGUAUUUUUUGGGCUUUUCAUCAUGCUUUUCAAUCACACGAAUUCAUCCUAAAUGCAGUCUUUUCUUUUUAGUCUCAGUGUUGUCUUUAAAGCAGUUAAAAAUACAAGUGCCCAGGCUUAUUUGUCCAAGAUCUCACUCACCAGUCCCUCAGCACUUAGUGGAUGGAUGGCUUGUCUACUUUGACCCUGUUGAUAGACCCAUUUAUUUUUUAAUCAAGCAGGCAUGGCAGGUUUUCUUGUGUUUGUGCAUGUGUGUGUGGGGGGGGGGGCAUUUUUCUGCCCCUUCUCUCAGCCAGCUGCAGUGCAAGUGGGCAGGAACCUGACAACUCAUCUUUGGGGGGAAAUAUAACUGGCAUGCAGAGCUGGGAAUACAAGGGGUCAGAGCAUGAAAAGGAGGAUCCUUCUGCAGGGGUCCACCCAGGAAGCUGCUGUGAGGCCUGGCUGAGGCUGGCGGGGAGCAGGAGCAGGUAUGCAGGCAGACUGGUUCCAGGCUUGUGUCAGGCAGCAGCUGCUGCCUCGAGGCUCAGCCCUGCCACAGGGUGAACAGCUUCUAAACAGUAAACAAACUAGCCAGCACUGACAUAUCCAGGAGGCUUUGUGUGCUCCACGUGAGCCUCUUACAGGCACAUGGCCAGGUCUCAGGUUCACAGAGCAGUGGUAAGGGGAUCUGGAUAUGUCCGGGUUCUUAAGCAGAGAGAUUUACAUGCAUCUGGGGGGAGGGAAUUGUGUAUCAGGAAAGAAGUACAUGCAUUUUUGGGGCUGUGGUGGCAUUGCCACACUAUCCAAAACCACAGCCAUGCGAGGGACUCUGGGCUGUUGUGAUUACUGCCCCGGGCUGAGGCCAGCCCUGAAAAGCCCUGACACCUCCUGCUCUGCAGAGAAGCCUGCAUUCAAGUAUCAGUCUUCAACACAAUCAACUUCUCUAACACUUUAUUAGGUAUGUACACACACAACACAGGCACCAAGAAGCAAACCAGCACUGUGCUGCAGAGGGGAGUCAGUGAUUGGCAGCACAGGCUGUCCCUCUGGGCAGCUGGACACCCAACCACCAUCUUCAGGCACAGCCUGUUCUCAGCCAUUAUCUCAUUGGGUUGCUGUUGUGGCCCACAGUCAAUCACCCUUUUCUGGCACAAUUCACAGCCACUUGAGGCACAUUUUAAAGGAGCUGUGGAGGGGACAGUAUUCACUUGAACAUGCAGGCAGCACAGACAUGCGAGCUGGGCAGUCACACCUCUUCUCAGAAAUGCCCAGAUGUGCUAAACAGCUGGUGUGCAGGCAGCUGUGGCCUGUCAGCACAACUGGGCUGGUGGAGCUGGCAGUCACUGCUGGAGCACUGGUGCUGGCAGAGGGGGUGCAGCCUAGCAUAACUGCACAUGCACUGAUGUGCAGAGCAGCAGCAGGGGUGAUGGUGCAAAACCAUUCAGCUCUGGCCUGUCCCCUCCUGUGUAGGCAGAGGGGUCCCUGGUGGACCUGGGGCCAAACAGCCCAGAGGGAAAGAACAGCUCAGCUUUGAAGAGAUUUAGCACAGGAGGAUCUGAGCUCACUACCACCUUCUGAGCUCUUGGACAGAUUAAGGGAGGAGAUGCAGAAAGAAGAGGAAACAGCAGUUUAAUAAAAUCUAUAGAUGAUGUGAAAGUGGCAGAGGAAAAUGUAGAAAUAA